AUGUCCACCACAAGCCGCCUGAAGUCGCCGACGACUCCCGAUUUCUCACCUCGACGGCGGACGAUAAAUGAUAGAGCACGGAUCCAACUCAAGUACCGUCUUCUCCACUCUAAUCGGCAGAUCCUUCCCAUCAAUAACGCCAUUAAAAAGCUCCAGAAACUCCCAAUUCACGAGCCCGCUGUCUCCGUCCCCUUCUUAGAAUGGAAAAUCCAUCUCCGAUCGUUAUCCUACGCCGCCAUAGACGUCUCCGAACCCGCCUCCGAUUUCUUUCUCCUCAGCCCGGGCAGAAGAGAAGCCCCGUUUCCAUUCGGACCUCUACGCCGUCGGAUCAGCCACUGGCAUCCCGUUGGCCGGCCAUCCAAUCGACACCCGGGGCGGUGGGGGCUCCCUCGCCCUUCCCGGCGGAGGAAAAUUUCACCUCAGGAAUACUGGGAUAUUGGUGACGCAUCGUACCGUUGCCUUCACUGUGGUGCUAGAUUUUGGUAUGCCGAGCGACUGGGAAAGCCAUCUAACCCUAGGGUUCCAAAAAUAGUAUGGGUCGUGGACUUUUUGAAAUUUCCUCUUCUAAAAUGUUACUGUGAUUAG